AUGGCUAUCGGCGUUACCAUGAGUUUGUUCACAGGGACGAUAGUUGAUCUUGAGACCCGGCCCAGACAUCUGAUGGACCUUACAGUGCGUGAUGCUCGAAUCUUUCAUAGAGUUUUCUGGAGCUUCCCCGCCUGCGUGGAGGCUUUCAAAUAUUGCAAACCGGUCGUCCAGAUAGAUAGCACCCAUAUUUAUGGCAAAUACAAAGGCACUUUGUUGUUGGCAAUCACACAAGACGGUAAUAAAAAUAUCCUGCCGAUUGGUUUUGCCAUAGUGGAAGGAGAAACGUUGGGUGGAUGGACUUUCUUCUUGCGCAACUUACGUUCUAGUGUAACACCACAACAAGGAAUAUGCUUUAUAUCUGAUCGCCAUGAAUCUAUCAAAUCAGCUUUUAGAUCACUUGGCCGUGAGAUGAGUGCUCCUCAUGCGUACCAUGUUUAUUGCAUUAGACAUAUCUCGGCCAAUUUCAUGCGUCGUUUCAGAAACAAAGAAAUGCAACGGAUAGUUGUCAAUAUUGGUUAUUCGAAAACCAUUCAAGAUUUUAACUACUGGUAUGGUUUACUACGGGACAACGAUGAAGAGGCGACGAGAUGGUUGGAUAACAUACCGCGGGAGAAGUGGGCUCAAGCGUUCGAUAAAGAAGGGAGAAGAUAUGGUCACAUGACAACCAACCUCGCAGAAUGUGUUAAUUCAGUGCUUAAGGGAACAAGAAACCUUUCUAUAACAGCUAUGGUUAAAUCAACGUACUUCCGACUUGCGGAGUUAUUUGUGAGGAAAGGUGUACAGGUGCAAGCUCAGAUCGCAUCAGGCCUUAUCUUCUCAGAAUCACUAAUGAAGGCAAUCCAAGAAAAUCAACAAGCAGCGUCCAGCAUUUACGUUCGUCAAUUUGACCGUGAAGAGAAGUCAUUCAUGGUAGAUGAGAUGUCACCCCCGCAAUGUGGGAGACAAGCUAGCACUUUUCGUAUCAACCUAAGAUCACAUUGGUGCGACUGUGGUGCUUUUCAGACGCUGCAUUUUCCAUGUCGACAUGUCCUUGCAGCAUGCUCGCAUAUUCGUCUACAUUGGGAGGAGUAUGUUGACAACGUGUAUAGGCUUCAAACAGUUUUUAAUGUAUAUCAUAAAGAGUUUGAGCCAAUAUCAAAUAAGGGAUAUUGGAACCCUUAUAAUGGUCCACGUCUAUGUCCUAAUAUUACGAUGAGAAGACCGACGAAGGGAAGACCAAAAUCUACAAGGAUUCGUAACGAGAUGGAUAUUAGGGAAGGUGUUCAGCGAAAACGUUGUGGUUUAUGUCGCAACGAAGGAUAUAGUCGCCGAAAUUGUCCCAACAUCGCCGGUUCAAGUACUCGGUCGUAA